AUGUGUGAUUCCCUUGUCAGAUGGAGUGAGAUGGAUGCUAAGGUGGUUCAAAAGAGUUGUUAUAUCCUUUGGAAUGUGUGGAGUGAAAGAAAUAAGAAGGUCUUUGAGAAUACGAGCCAUCCGGUCCCUGUUGUGUGCGAGAGAAUCAUGAGACAAGUUGAUGACUUUAAUUGCUAUGCGAUGAGGAUUUAUGGUGGAAUCCGACCCAUUACGACUCAGAGCCCCGCCCGAUGGCUUGCUCCCCCUGCUGGCGCUAUUAAACUGAAUACAGAUGCAAGCUUGGCUGAUGAAGGCUGGGUGGGCCUUGGUGUGAUAGCCCGUGAUUUGGAGGGUAAGGUAUGCUUUGCUGCAACUAGACGUGUGCGUGCCUACUGGCCUCCCGAGGUAGCUGAAUGUAAGUCCAUUUACAUGGCAACCCGAUUGGCCAAAGCUCAUGGGUAUGGUGAUGUGAUUUUCGAGUCUGAUUCUCUUGCUGCUACCAAAAGAUUAACUAAAGCAGCAAUUUUCUUCUCAGAUUUGGAUGCAAUACUUGGGGAUAUUCUUUCUAUGUGUAAUGGCUUUUCUUCUGUUUCUUUUUCUCAUGUUAGGAGGGAUGAGAAUUGUGUUGCCCAUAACCUCGCUAGAGUAGUGCCUUUUGGUGUUGAGCAAUGUUGGGAGCGUCAUUGUCCUAGUGCUGUAACACCUUAUUCCGUAGUCGUCCCUGGCCUCCUGGGUGAUGUACCAACAUCUUAA